AUGUGCCUGGGAGGGAGAGGCACAUAGAAAGUUAGGCUCUCAGAGCCCUGGAACAUAGAGUCAGAACAAGAGAUGAGUGAAAAUUGUACAUUGACUGUAAGUCAGAGUAAGAGGGUUCUGUACCUGGCUCUUUGGAGUAGAGAUCUUGGCAGGAAUCUCAGGCUGUCCCCAAUGACUAGAGGAGCCGUGGCUGAUUCAGCCAUGGACAGGAGUGCGCUUGCCGAGCUGGAAUUUCGGACACUGACUGACCAGGUGUGCUGGAACUCUGACACUCUAAGAAGGGAUGCAAUGUCUACCAACAAUGUAAUCUGUAUGAAACCAGUUAGGAAUCAAAGAAGUUGCCGCUGGCGCUGCCUUUUGGCAGGGGAGAUUUUCCUUGUGAUCCUGUUCUUUGUUGCCAUCAUCUUCCUGCUGCCUCUCUACCUACAGGACUACUCCCACCUGCAGAGAAACCAACAACAAAUGGAGGCGCUACGUCUGAAUAUGAGUGACUCAAUGGAGGAAAGAAUAAAACGCCAAGAAGCUAGCCACCUACUUUCUAAUAAUGUGUCUUCCCUAAAGCAGAAUGUCAGUUUCUUGCACGAGGUCCUCAUCCCUGAGCUCCGGCUGAACCAAACCCAACUGCUGCAGGACAUAGUGAGGCUGGAGACAAGCUAUCGCAACCAAACCGACCAAUAUGGGGCCCUGCAGGAAACCUAUGCCUACCUGAAAGGGAGUUAUUACUUUCUUCCUAAGGAGAGCCCACUGCUUCACAACUGCAAUGGACAGGACUCCAAGAAUGGCUACCGCGUGUGCCCCUUUUGCCUCCAUGGGUGGUAUUUCUUUGGCAUGUCCUGUUAUUUGCUGUCCUCGGAUCCUCAAAGCUGGGAGGAGAGCUCUCUGUGGUGCAGAAAGGAAGGGGGCCAUCUGGUGGUGAUUAGCAGUAUAGAGGAGCAGAAUUCUUUGCAAGACCUGGUGAAUGAGACUGUUUGGAUUGGCCUUUCAGACCGGGAAGUGGAAGGAGAAUGGCGCUGGGAAGAUGGAAGCCCCUUUGGGUCUGGUCCCAGAUUCUGGGCCCCAGGUCGGCCUAAUAACUCUGGGGAUGACGACUGCAUCACGUUGCUGCCUGCCGCUGGGUGGAAGGAUGACAGUUGCAUCAAGCUAUACACAGGCGUGUGCGAGGACAGUGCUGGCGAGCUGACAUUGCCCAGUAAUGCGUCUCUUGUCUAGUCUGUGUCACUUGUUACACAUCCAGAGGCCACAGUGGCCCCCACUCUCUGCUUCACACUGUCUGAAGCCAAUAGUGAGUCAGGUGCUCAAUUCUUGUGCAGUAGUUUCAUUUGAUGUGUUUGCUCUCUCGCACCCACUGUUUGCUGCUUUCUACACCAAAUGCUUCUUCCCUCCAGGCAACAGGGGGUCAAAGUUUGGGGAUGCUUGUUUAGAGUGUGAAAAAUAAAUCACAUUGAAUAGUGAGGCGACAUGCCCUGUGCAAUGCUUCAGUGCCCCAGAGCUGUGCCCAGAGCAUUCCAUUCUGUACCCCCAGCUAUCUGGGACCUCAGCACGGGUUAAAUGUCACUUACUGGAAAUUUCAGCAGUAGGGGAAGGCUUCACGACGGAGCACUUUGAUCUCAUCCACUUUUGGCAAUUUAUUAAGGGUCUGGAAAUGUUCCUGAAAUUAGGAAGACUUCCAAGCACAAGGAGGCAGUUGAAUUGCAUCUCUUUAACUGCAGGGGGGUUGUCGUACACAUUUCCCUCUCUUUUCAAAGGGGUGAUACAGUGGAGGGACUUUGCCCAAAAUAACACCAGCGGGAUUACAAUUCAUCUCUUGUUCAGGGAUGGAUAGUUUAUGAUUGUUUAUGUUUUAGGCUCUCGCUUAUUUCUCUUUGUACAGAUAUAGAAACACUUAAGAGCCCUAUAAUAAAUCUGAAAAUAAGA